AGAUAUUUGGUUUUGUAGUGAAAAUUAAGUCAACAGGAGAAGCAUCUACGGGUCUUCCUACGCAAGAAGACAACAUUUCUUUUUGGUCUGAGUUUACGCUUUGAACUGCAACCAACAUUUCUUCUUUUUCUUGGUCUGCAAUUGUCAUUGAAACUUCAAACUCGGUUCACUAGAUCAAAAAACCAACACUCCACUAUAUUAACGAUUUCCCAUCUUCUGUUUUCUCCUCUUUUACUAUGCGUGCAAGUCAUCUCAUGAUCAUGAACCGCCUUAUCCCAUUUCGUUUAUACUGAAAGAGACCUUGGCUGUUGGGUUUAACUCAUAUUUGAGCUUCUUGGAGAUUUAAGUGAGAUUAAAGGCAUCUUAUCUUAGUCAUUUCGGCUGAAAUUCAGCGUGAUGGGAUGUCAAUCCAGCAAGAAGAAAGGUAGUGAUACAACGGCACCACCCUUCGAAAUGAACAUUGAUUCCCAAUUCUCAGCUGAGCUUAGCUCAUAUGAGACCGCUUGUACACUUGAUCCUGACUUACAAUCCUUUGACAAUGGCAUUCAUGAACAUACUAGCCGGGUUAUCUGCACACUUUCUACUGAUGUUGAGGUUCGCUCAUUGUCAUUUGACACUCUCAAAGAGGUCAUCGGAUCUCUUCUUGAAAUGAACCAAGAAGUGGCCAAAGUAAUUCUAGAAUGCAAGAGAGAUAUAUGGAAUAAUAAAGCAUUAUUUGAUUUGGUUGAAGAGUACUUGGAUAGUAGCAUCCAAAUCUUAGAUUUUUGCACUGUUUUUGAGAAUUGCCUAAAGCGUGCUCGAAACAGCCAAUUAAUUAUUAAGCUUGCUGUUAAGCUGUUUGAGGAAGAAAUGGAAUUACAGGAUGGGGAUGAUGAGAAAAGGUAUGUCAAGACAUUGGAGGAAUUAAAGAAAUUUAAGGAAGCUGGGGAUCCAUUCUCAGAAGAGUUCUUUACAUUGUUUCAGUUAGUGUACAAGCAGCAGGUGUCUAUGUUACAGAAAUUGCUGGGAAGAAAAAGAAAGCUCGAUAAGAAACUGAAAUCCAUGAAAACAUGGAGGAUGGUGUCAAAUGUGUUGUUUGUUUCUGUAUUUGUGUCUGUAUUGAUAUUUUCAGUGGUGGCAGCUGCCAUUGCUGCUCCUCCUUUGGUCGCAGCUUUGGCUGGUGCAUUGACUGUUCCAAUUGGUUCAGUGGGGAAAUGGUGUAACUCUUUCUGGAAGGGCUAUGAGUGUGCGAUGAAAGGGCAGAAGGAUUUAAUUAGUUCAAUGGAGAUUGGCACUUUCAUUAAAAUCAAGGACAUGGAUCAUAUACGGAUACUUGUUAACAAAUUGGAAAUUGAGAUGGAGUCAUUAUUGAACAAUGCAGAUUUCGCUCUCAGAGAAGAAGAUUUCGUGAAGCUUGCCAUUGAUGAGAUCAAGAAGAAGUUGGAAGUUUUCAUGGAAACUAUUGAGCUUUUAUGUGAUCAUGCUGAUAAGUGUAGCCGUGAUAUAAGAAGGGCCAGGACUGUGAUUUUACAGAAGAUAAUCAAAUAUCCCAAUAAGUGAAGAAGCCCUUCGGUAAUAUGACUGAUGACUUCUUAAAGAAUUUUAUGUUACUAUGAAAUAUGCUAGGUAAAGAACUACUAACUCUAUACCAAAGAUCAAUUGGCUUUGAAUUUUCCUUUAUAGAACUUAUUGUGUUGAUAAACAGGCAUGCCGAUAGUUCUCCAGAUUUCAAUGUCUAGUUCAUCAUGAUUAUUCAUUGUUUACCUUCAA